CUUCUCACCAAAAUGAUGAGACUCUGUGUAACUUUCACACUUCUCAGUAAUGUGUUUUUGACAGAAACUAAUAAUCUUGUUCAACCAAGUGCUUUGUUAGAAGUUCACCUUGGGGACAAUGUGACGUUGGAAUGUUCAUUUCCUGAAGAAGAAACUAAUUACAUUCAUUAUAUGUAUUGGUUCAAAUUUAUUAUUGGACAGACACCUCAACUUAUAGCAGCAUCGCAUAAAUAUACGGAAGAAGCUACAUUGUCCGAAAAUUUUAAUUCUGGACGUUUCAAAGUAAAGUUGGGCACAGGAAUCAAUCAUUUGAUAAUCUCAAGGACAGAAUCAUCUGAUUCAGCAAUGUAUUAUUGUGCAACAAGGUCAGAUUAUACAAUACAAUUUGGACCUGGAACCUUGCUAAGGAUAAAGGGCUCUAAGAAACAGCAGUCCAGCAGCAGGACUGUGGUGCAGCAGGUGGUGUCAGACCCAGUGCAUCCAGGAGACUCGGUGACUCUGCAGUGUACAGUAGACAGUGACACCUGUGCAGGAGAACACAGUGUUUACUGGUUCAGACACGGCUCAGGAGAAUCCCUUCCGGGACUCAUUUACACCCAUGGAAACAGGAGCGAUGAGUGUGAGAAGAGCCCUGAGGCUGGGUCUCCUACACACAGCUGUGUCUACAGCCUCCCCAAGAGGAACCUCAGCCGCUCUGAUGCUGGGAUUUACUACUGUGCUGUGGUCACAUGUGGGGACAUACUGUUUGGAGAUGGGACACAGCUGGAAUUUCAAGGUCCUUUUUUUGAUAAAUGUGCUAAAUGA